AUGUCGAACACCCACAAGACUACCCUCGAGCCCGAGGACACUCUUAACGGAGCAGGCCACUACGAUCCAAACUUCACCUCCCAUGUCAUCUCCGCAAUCGGUCCCAAAACCGACCCACGCCUCCGCGAAGUCAUGACCUCUCUAAUCCAACACAUUCACGAUUUCGCCCGUGAAGUACACCUCACAGUGGAUGAAUGGACCUCCGCCGUAACUCUCAUAAACCGUGCUGGUCAAAUGUCCACAUCCACUCGUAAUGAAGGACAACUUCUUUGCGAUGUCAUUGGGCUUGAGAGUCUGGUGGAUGAGAUAACAUUCAAAAAGGCCGCGGCGGCCAAAGAUGCAGUAACUCAAUCUGCAAUCCUCGGACCCUUUUUCCGUCACGAUGCACCUUUACGCAAUCUAGGUGAUUCGAUUUCCUUUGACACACCCAAAGAUGCUGAAUUGGUGUAUAUGCAUGGAACAAUCAUGUCAGCAUCCACCUGCGAACCAGUAGAGGGGGCAGAACUAGACAUCUGGCAAGCCUCCACAAACGGCCUCUACGAACAACAAGACCCAGACCAAAUCGAACAUAAUCUACGCGGGAAAUUUCGCACGGGAAAAGAUGGGAAAUACGGCUUCUACUGCAUCAGACCUACCCCUUAUCCUGUUCCUGACGAUGGGCCUGCUGGAGAAUUACUACACAUGCUAGACAGACAUCCUUACAGACCUGCUCACAUCCAUUUAAUCGUCAUCAAACAAUCUUUCAAACCAAUCACUACUCAAAUCUUCGACGCCGAGUCCAAAUACCUCGACAACGACUCUGUGUUCGCCGUAAAAGACUCUUUAAUCGUCGACUUUACUCCUCUGCAAGGAAACGAAAAGGCUGGUCUGGAGUUGAAGUACGAUAUUCAUCUUGCUCCUGUUGAUUAACUUGGCCCAGAAUCUUGACAAGAGUUAUGAGUGGCGAGGCCAAGGAUGGGUGGAAUGAAGAAG